UCUAGUUCAGGCCCACCCUUUGUGCCCUCUCUCUCUCUCUCUCAAUGGAAAUCCAUCGGACAUAUAUUGUGCUUCCUCAAACUAUCCUGUGACCCUUCUCAGAUAACUGAAGCAAGUUGGAGAAGCUUCCUUGGUUUCCAUCCAUGGCUGCCCUCUCUUCUUGCAUGUUAGAGCACAUUCCCUAGUCCAUGAGUUUGAGCAAAUGCAUCAAGUAUGGGUCUCUUGGGCUGAGUUCCUUUGGAUCAUCAAUCCUUGCUCAUCAUCAGCUUACUCCAUGCAUUGGUUUCCUUUGGAGCUAUGUCAAAGGGGAUUUUGCAGCCAUUUGCCAUCUGUUGGGAAAGUGGGUUUCUUCUUCACUGCAAUAUAUAGGGUGGCAGUGGGCAAAGGCGGUCUCAAAUCAUGUGUUCAAGCCUUUGGGGCCAACCAUUUCGAUGAGGACAAUCAAGAGGAGCGAAUAUGGAAGGAGUAGAUUCAUUGUAUAUUUUUAUUUUGAAAGGAGAGAAUGUGGAAGGAGUAGAUUCAUUGUACUCUUUUUAUUUUCAUAUUUGAAGGAGAGAAUGUGGAAGGAGUAGAUUCAUUGUACUCGUUAUAUUUUCAUUUUGGAAUGAGGGAAUAUGGAAGGAGUAGACUCAAUGGUAUUUUACCAUUGACAUAAACCGUUUGAGAGGAAACUAUUUGCAGCCAAAAAGCUAUGGUUUGGCUGAUGCAGUAAUUUGUUUGCAUUGGUUGAAGGUCCUGGUAAUUGUUCCUAGUGUUCUUGUUUACAUCUCUUGCUUGGUGCAGCAAUA